GCAUCAGAACUUGGAGAACUACUCCUGGUACUGGCUCUUAAGCGCUGGGCUCAACGUGGUGUUGUUUGUGGCGACACUUUGCCUAGUGGCCGAGACAAAGCAUCUCGCCAACAGUCCAUCCCAAGGUGCUGACUCGGAGACCGAGUCUGAAGCGAGCACGAAUCAG